AUGGGACACCAUCAGGGCCUGACUACCCUGGAGAAAAGCCUUGUCUUCCUCAUCGUGCUUCUGACUGGAGCCUGCAUUGGGCUGGUGGUGGUAUACGUCACUGAGAGCAAAGGAUGGUCAGACGUGAGUGAUGGAGGAGACACUGUGGCUGACUCUGGAUGUGGGAAUCCUCAGCAGUUCACAGCACCAUCAGGCGAGUUUACCAGCGGGAACUACCCUAGUAGCUAUGACAACGGAAAGACCUGCAGCUGGCACAUUAUUGUGGACACUGGAAAGGUAAUCCAAGUGUGGUUUGAAGACUUCUCUAUAGAAGAAACUAAGUUGUGUUCUGCAGAUUUCAUCACCGUAAUGGACAACCUAGGAAUAAUUGGGAAGUUUUGUGGGCAUUCCAAACCCAAACCAUUUGUUUCCUUGGGAAAUAGCUUAGUGGUGUAUUUUGACACCAAUGAUCGAGGGACAGACAAAGGGUUCAAAGCCCUUUACAAAGCUGUGGACCCAGGGAGCAUCUCAGAAAUAACAGGAGGUGGUGGGCUUGUAGAGGGGGACCAUGGAGAGAUUCUAACCCCAGGCUUUCCUGCUCAGAAUUAUGAGAAUGGAGUUCUCUACCAGUGGAGGAUCACAGUUACUGCAGGAGAACAGAUCCGGCUUACAUUCUCCGCCUUUGAGCUGGCGUCUGAGGGCUGUGGGGACUAUGUGGACGUUUAUGAUGGACAUACGGAUGGUUCAGCACACCUGGGUCAUUUCUGUAGUGAAAAGAUUCCCAGCCCAGUAGUGUCCAGUGGCAACACCAUGGUAAUACGAUUUAAAUCAGACUCCUCUCAGACUGGAAAAGGCUUCCGUGCCAGCUACAUGCUGGUGAGCACCACCACCCCUGCCACCACGACCCUAACCAGCACGACCACCGCCACACCCCCUGUUACCAUGGUACCGCCCAUAAUGACCACCACACCAGGACCAGUCGAUUCAGGCUGUGGAACAAAUGCGCAGCUGCAUGGCCGCAAAGGCACAGUCCAGUCCAAAGGAUUCCCACAGGCCUACCCAGCUGAUCUACAGUGUAUGUGGAACAUCUCGGUCCCAGAGGGCUUCCUGGUCAAACUGCAGGUCUCACACAUGGCUGUUGUGGGAGAAGCAGGGAAUUGUGGGAAUGAUGCACUUCUGGUUUCGGACAGUCUGCAGUCAUUGGGCACCCACUGUGGAUUCAUUCUUCCCCCAGUCAUUGUCAGCUCCAAUCACGAAAUGUCCUUGAGGUUUAAAUCUGAUGCACGACUGUCUGACAGUGGAUUCUCCGCAAAUUGGGAAGCUGUGUAUCCAGAGGACAUUAGAGAGAUCCAGGGCUGUGGUGGAGCCUCACAAGAGGAGGAUGGGGUUAUCAGGUCCAAAAACUGGCCCAUGUAUUACCCUGGCAACAGCCAAUGCCUGUGGAUUAUCCAGGUUCCACCUCGAAAAACAAUAACGCUGACCUUCACAGAUUUUGAGGUGGAGGAGCCUGGCAUUCUGCUUGGCAAAUGCUUUGAUAAUGUUGUCAUUUAUGACAGAGCUAAAAUGUACGGCCCAUUUUGUGGGUCCAAACUCCCACCUACAAUCCAAACAAAAGGAAACAAACUGCUGAUACGCUUCCAUGCUGAUUUCUUCACUGAAGCCAAAGGCUUCAGGGCUUACUGGACCACUGACAUGUCCCAGCCUGCUCCCACAGAGCCCCCACAGCUACCCAACCCCUGGGACAACAUCACCAUUGACUGGCCAACUGUCUGUGGAAAGCCUGCUAUACCCCCCCUGGUCAACAGUCGCAUUGUCAAUGGUGAACCUGCUAAAGCUCAUUCCUGGCCGUGGCAGGUGUCCAUGCAGGUGUGGCCUGCCAGCCAAACAGAGCCCACAUUCUUCCACACGUGUGGUGGAACUUUAAUCCACAAGAACUGGAUUUUAACAGCAGCGCAUUGCUUCAUUAAUUAUGCAGAUGAACUCCAGCGCUGGCGCAUGUGUCUGGGGAAACACAACCUAACCUUUGAGGAGCCCAGUGAGAAGUGCUUCUCUGUGCUGGGCAUCUACAGACAUGAGGGCUUCAGGUACCCGCAGGUGCCCACUGUCGAGUUUGACAUUGCCCUUGUCAGACUUGAUGGGGAAGUGAUGCCCAGUGCUGAGAUCUCCUACGUGUGCAUGCCCUCUGUUGAAGAGCAACUGCCUGGAGGCAAGAUGUGCUAUGCUACUGGCUGGGGGGACGAGACAGGUAACUCUACAAAUCCAAAAGUGGCAGAGACCCUCAACCAAGUUGCCCUACCUGUCGUCCCAUUUGAUACCUGCAAGAGGAUGGAUUACUGGUGGUUCCAAGUGAAGCCAUCCAUGAUCUGCUGUGGGUUCACCAAGCCUGAUGAGCUUAAGUCUGUGUGCCAGGGGGAUUCGGGAGGUCCUCUGGUGUGCCAGGACAGCCCUGCUCAUCCCUGGGAGGUGCAUGGCAUCACCAGCUUCGGGCCCAUCGGCUGCAUCAUGGACAAGAAGCCCAGUGUUUUCACACGUGCCUCAGCCUACAUGCCCUGGAUAGACCAAGUCAUUCGCAAGAACAUCUACGACAUGCAUAUCUCUGGCUGUGGUGGGCCGAAGGAUAUGACGGGCCUGGGGGGCAGUCUUUCUUCCAUGGACCAUCCGCUGAGCUACAGCAACAACGCCCUCUGCCAGUGGAACAUUAAAGCCCCUGCAGGCAAACUGGUCCAUCUGCACUUCCAGGAGUUCUCUCUGGAAGACAGUCAGCUGUGUCUGAAUGACAAGCUCACUCUGUCUGAUCAGUUAGGCACCUUAGGGACUCACUGUGGGAGUGGUGUUCCGGCUGACCUGGUGAGUGCAGGUGAGACUCUGACCAUCAGCUUCCUCUCCAACAGCAGGGUGGUGGACACUGGCUUUAGUGCAUCCUGGAGGGCUGUGGACCCUGCCGAUAUCCCCAGUGUGGCACAGUGUGGGGGUAAUUUGUACACUGAGCAGGGGGAGAUAGUGUCCCCUGGCUGGCCCAGUGCUGACUACCCCGCGCUGAAAGUCUGCACCUGGCGCAUGACAGUGGAGACUGGGAGGAAGAUCCAGAUGAACUUCACUGACUUCCACAUACAGCCUGCGAACUUGCUGGGCUCAUGCAUGGACCAUGUGACCAUCUACGACGGAGAGAGCAAGGAUGGCAUGGCUUUUGGUCCCUUCUGUGGACAUACCGCUCCGCCGCCCAUAACCACCUCAGCAAACGUGGCCAUCAUCCGAUUCCUCAGCGAUGCUGCGAGACAAGAGAAAGGCUUCCACGUCCUCUGGACCACUGAACCUCUUACCACCCCAUCUCCUGGGACACUUUUACCCAAUGUCAAGCCGCACAAGAAAAUGGACCAUCCCUACGUCCUGCAUUUCUUUGACCUGGCUGCCACAAACAGCUGGAUCGAGUACAGGUCAGACCACCAGGUCUCUGGGCGAUCAGAGAAGGAGAGGCUGCAGUAUUUUGACUUCAAGCUGCUGCUGGCUGAAGAAAUGAUUGCACAGGCACAGGGUGGUCGAGGUCAACAGGUUGACAAGGUAGCCAGUGAUGAUGAUGAGAUGAGCACAGAUGAUGAAGAGAUGGAAAUCACGGCCGGUUUAGUCCUGAACCUCCUGAUAUUACCUGGCUAG